AUGGCUUCCACUACGAGCGCCGAGACGAAGCAGAAGCGCGUGCGCCUGCGCGAGCUCCUCCCCGAGAUCCAGAUCGGCAAGUGGGAGCGCACCGGGCCCAAGAACGGCAUCACCGACGUGCCCGGGGUGCUGGUGCACACCGAGUCGAUCCACGACGAGGCCAACGGCAUCCACACGGGCGUCACGACGAUCCUGCCGCGGACCGACUGGAUGGAAAAGGCGUGCUACGCCGGCAUGUUCAACUACAACGGCUCGGGCGAGCUCACCGGCAGCCACUGGAUCGCCGACACGGGGCUGCUGGGCAGCCCCAUUGUCAUCAGCAACAGCUUCGCCGUCGGCGCCUGCCACACGGGCAUCUACCAGUACGCGGCGCAGCACUACCGCGACAAGAACGGCGACGUCGACUGGUUCCUCAUGCCCGUCGUCGGCGAGACGUACGACGGCAUGCUCAACGACCUGUCGCGCUUCGCCGUCACCCCCGAGCACGUCGUGCGCGGCAUCGAGCGCGCGAGCGCCGACCCGGUGCCCGAGGGCAACACCGGCGGCGGCACCGCCAUGACCUGCCACGGCUUCAAGGCCGGCACCGGCACCUCGAGCCGCCUCGUCGCCGGCUUCGACAAGGACGCCCAGCCCGUCGACUACACCGUCGCCGCGCUCGUGCAGGCCAACUACGGCCGCCUCUACUCGCUCACCAUUGCCGGCGCGCCCGUCGGCCGCAUCCUGUGGGCCGACAAGGAGCGCGACGCCGCCGCCAAGCACGCCCGCGACGCGUACGAGGCCGCCAAGGGCAAAAAGGACGGGAGCAUCAUCGUCGUGCUCGCCACCGACGCCCCGCUCAACCCGGUGCAGCUGCAGCGCCUCGCGCGCCGGGCGACCCGCGGCAUCUCGCGCGUCGGCGGCUACGGCAACACCAACAGCGGCGACGUCUUCAUCGCCUUUAGCACCGGCACCGUCGCGCCCGGCCAGUACACCACGGAAGAGAUGGAGCUCAACCCCAACAAGGCCGAGGUGCUGCACCACACCGCCGUCGACGAGCGCAAAAUGGACAGCUUGCUCGAGAGCGCGGGCGAGGCCACCGAGGAGGCCAUCCUGAACGCGCUCUGCAUGGCCGAGACCUUGACCGGGUUCCGCGGCCGUACCGUCGAGGCGCUGCCGCUGGAGAGGGUCCGCGCGAUUGUGCAGAGCCAUAUUGACCUGGAGAAGACGCUCUCGGCAAAGCAGAGCUAG